AGCUUUGUUUCAUUCAAAUUGUUAUCGAUCCUUUUAAGCUCCAAACUCGUUCAACAUGAGCAACGAUGGCUUACUCCAAUGGGCGGAGGCUUUGUCUGCGGCCACUUCUACCCUACUUGAAUCGCUAAGAGAAAAUAGCCAACAAUUAUAUGAACCGGCUUGUUCGCAGGCAUCUAAGGAGCAAAGUCACGAUGAAAGUACUAAGGAAGAGCAUGCUCUUCCUUCGAAUUGUGCACGGUUAGAAGAACCACAAAUCAAUUAUAAAAUGCCUUAUACACCACUACAGAACAACAAGCACACAAAUCUACUGGAAUAUCCAGAUGCCUCUUCCGCAACAAACGAAGACCUAAGUCGCCUUGCGGAGGAUCAAUCUCCGGGGGAGUUUCAAGACAUUUAUGAACUUCGAAAACAACAUAUAAGGCAUGGGAGCAGUUAUUUUGAUCAUAUUCGCAGAGGCUACCGAGGCGGGUGGCGAGGCGGGUACCGCGCCAACAAUUACAAAACCUAUCGCCGAGGCUCUCCGUACGGCCCGAGGCCUUCGUUUGAACGACUAUCAAGGUAGUUAAUUAAGAUAUACAAGCUGCCAGGGCUAAAGGGAUACUGUAUUGCUAAGUAGAGCCGCGAAACAGCCACUAAUCAAAAAUCUUAUUAGAGAAAUAUAAACAGUAGAAAAUAACAUAAGAACUACAGCGUCUCUAUCGUUUAUGUCGCUGCGCUGGUUCAAUUGUAACAUUAGUUACACAGGGACGGACACUAAGAGGGCUUUUAAGGCGUCUGGGCUAAAGUCUGUCUCUAUGUGACGAAAAACCUGUGUACCGAAAAUGACCAAUCGGAUUACGAGGGUCCAAGAGAAGUGUGUCAUCUUUGCGAUCCGGUUGGUCGUUCUCGGAACACAGGGUUUUUCGUCACAUAGGGACACACUUUAGUAGCCGUGAUGGUGGUGAGCAGCCAUUCGAUCGCUCAGCAGCUCCAUCAACAUCACGAUCACGGCGCGGCCGCGAUAUUAAGUUGCCAGCCAAGUAUCGAUAAUCAGAUAAUUGUAAUACUAUUUCUGUAUCUUAAAA